AUGGCAAGCGGAGAUAUAUCUUGGCGAUGUAUGGUAAGACAAUGUACUUCUACUAUUCAAACUAAUUCUAAAAUAUCUAAUAUUUUGACGGAAAAUGAAAAUAUAUCUCAUAAUCAUAAUACUGUGGAGAAUCGGGAUAUUCAGCGACAAAUAGUUAGUAAUAAUUGCAAACGAAAGGCGACUGAAUGUAUUUCGGAGCGACCAAAUAAAAUUAUUCGUCGUGAACUGAUGACGGUUGAAACUACAGAACUAUUACACAACGAUAUGUCUAGUAUAAGAAAAUCCAUGUAUAGAGAACGUCGAAAAAUAAUUCCCGCAGCACCUACUUCAUUAUUCGAACUCAUACAACAAUUAAAAACCAAUGGUUUAACUACACAUCGUAAUAAAACAUUUUACCAUGUAGAUGAAGAGUCGAAAAUCGUAAUAUUCACGACAAACAAUAAUUUAGAAUAUUUAGUCAAUAAUAGUCAUACUAUUUUAGGCGAUGGUACAUUUUACGUUUGUCCCGCUCAUUUUGAACAACUCUAUAUGAUUCAUGUUCUACGUAAAUCAAUUUACGUCCAUGUUGUAUAUUGUCUGUUACCAUCCAAAACAACUGAUAUUUAUGAAAAAAUGUGGCAUUUAAUAAAAACAUUAUGUAAGAAAGAAUUAAAACCUCAAAAUAUACUACUGGAUUUUGAACUAUCUGCACAUAAUGGCGUUUUGCGUAUAUUUCCAAAUGCACAAAUUAAAUGUUGCCGAUUUCAUCUCGGGCAAGCCUGGUAUAGACAAAUUACAAAAUUGGGACUUAAAAUUGAAUACGACCAAAAUGAAUCAGAAAUUUCCCAUUGGUUAAAGUAUUUCUUUGGAUUGGCUUUUUUACCGUGUACUGAAAUUUUUGAAGCAUUUUAUGAACUAUUUUCUAUUGCUCCGGACAAUCAAAAGAUAUCAGCAUUCUCAGAUUAUAUUUUAGCGAAUUUUAUUGAAAAUGACAGCAGAUAUCCACCACAUCUCUGGGAUGAGCCACCUUCGAACGAGCCAAGGACUACCAAUGGUCCAGAAUCAUAUCACCGUCAUUUGAAAGAUCAAUUUUAUAACCUACACCCAUCUAUUUAUAAUUUUAUUGAAGUGAUUAAAGAACAUCAAGCAGAAGUUUAUUUAAAAUUACAAUCAAAUGGUCAAAAAUCUACGAAUCGAAAAUCUAAAGUCAUCUCCAAUACAAAAACUCGGACCUUGUAUAAAGAAAAAAAAAUGUCUUGA